CCCCAUGCCCGUGUGUGGCCAUGUCCUACCCGCAGGGCUACUUGUACCAGCCGUCCGCCUCGCUGGCGCUCUACUCUUGCCCGGCAUACAGCACCAGCGUCAUUUCGGGGCCCCGCACGGAUGAGCUCGGCCGCUCGUCUUCGGGCUCCGCGUUCUCGCCCUACGCUGGCUCUACUGCCUUCACGGCGCCCUCGCCGGGCUACAACUCGCACCUCCAAUACGGCGCUGACCCGGCCGCCGCCGCCGCCGCCGCCUUCUCCUCGUACGUGGGCUCUCCCUACGACCACACACCCGGCAUGGCAGGCUCCUUGGGGUACCACCCCUACGCGGCGCCUCUGGGUUCCUACCCGUAUGGGGACCCCGCGUACCGGAAGAACGCCACCCGGGAUGCCACCGCGACGCUCAAGGCCUGGCUCAACGAGCACCGUAAAAACCCCUACCCCACUAAGGGCGAGAAGAUCAUGCUGGCCAUCAUCACCAAGAUGACCCUCACCCAGGUGUCCACCUGGUUCGCCAACGCGCGCCGGCGCCUCAAGAAGGAGAACAAAAUGACAUGGACCCCACGGAACCGCAGUGAGGACGAGGAGGAGGAAGAGAACAUUGACCUAGAGAAGAACGACGAGGACGAGCCCCAGAAGCCCGAGGACAAGGGAGACCCCGAGGGCCCUGAAGCAGGUUGGUGGACGCGGGAAAGGGUGUGUUAAGGGACUAAGAAGGAAAAGAGGGGCCUGGAGGGGGCGCGCACGGGGCCUGGAUGUCGGGCGCAGGGGUCUGGCUGCCUUUGAGGGCGGGAACCUGCGCCCCGAGGCAGGGCCUCGGUGCCUACCGCAUGGGUUUCGUCCGCAGGAGGAGCAGAACCGAAGGCGGCUGCGGGCUCGGCCCCUCACUACCCCGCAGGCACACCGGCGCCCGGUCCGCACCCAGCCCCGGGAGAGCUGCCCCCGGGGCCCGGCGGGCCCUCGGUCAUCCACUCUCCGCCGCCACCGCCGCCGCCUGCGGUGCUUGUCAAGCCCAAACUGUGGUCUCUGGCAGAGAUCGCCACAUCCUCGGACAAGGUCAAGGACGGGGGCGCAGGGAGCGAGGGCUCUCCGUGCCCACCGUGCCCCGGGCCUGUAGCUGGGCAAGCCCUAGGAGGCAGCCGCGCGUCGCCGGCCCCGGCGCCGUCGCGCUCGCCCUCUGGGCAGUGUCCUUUCCCGGGCGGGACGGUGCUGUCCCGGCCUCUCUACUAUACCGCGCCCUUCUAUCCUGGCUACACGAACUAUGGUUCCUUCGGACACCUUCACGGCCACCCAGGGCCAGGGCCAGGGCCCACCACCGGCCCGGGCUCUCAUUUCAAUGGAUUAAAUCAAACCGUGUUGAACCGAGCGGACGCUUUGGCUAAAGACCCGAAAAUGUUGCGGAGCCCGUCUCAGCUAGACCUGUGCAAAGACUCUCCCUAUGAAUUGAAGAAAGGUAUGUCCGACAUUUAACGCGGGCUGCGUGGGUCCUGGACUUUUCUAAUUUAUUAAAAACAUGGCCUUGGGAGUUAUUUUUCCAUCAUCAAGAGAGAAAGAGAAAAAAAAAUUAACUACCCCUCCUAUCAAAAGUUUAUAGUUUAUGGAGAUGGAUGACAUAAAAAUGUAAACAUCUCCACACACAAAAAUGUCUUAACCAACCGAAAAGAAAAAAAUUUAAAAAGGAUUUGUAUUAAAUCUUAUUCUGUAUAUUUAAUGUAGCAUUUUUGUAUUUAAAUUGAUAAUUCAAUAUCUUUGAAGUAAAUUAUGAAAUCAAGACACCUGUACAGGCAUUUAAUGUUUUUUUGUAAUAUAAAUAUAUACAUUUGUGUUUCCCCAAAAAACUGUUUCAUAGUUUAAAAUACAAGUUUAAUUUAAUUUUUUUACACCUAUUGAUUUUCCCAGGUAUGAGCUAAAGUAUUAUUACAGAAAGGAAACAGGUUAUACUCCUAGAUUUAAAAAGUAAAAGAAAUGACAGCCGCCUUUGUAAAAUGCAAAAUAUUUAAUUAAAAGAGAUUUUAACAUAAUCAGAGCCACUGAUUACUUUUUAGAAGCCUCAAUAAACUGUCCAUUGCCUUGGUGAAAAGGCACAAACUGCAACUUUUUUUCCCUCCCCGAAGUGGGGAAUGAAAGGUUCCACACAGACCAUCAGUGUGCCUGGGGAAAACCUUAAUUAGGCUGCAAGCCCCGGGGAACCUGGCCCUGCCCGGAAUGCAGAUUUGGAUCGCUGCUGCGGUCUGCUUGGGGGAGAUUGGACCCCGGAGGAAGAAGAGAAAUCAAGUGUGUGCCCAGAAGGGAGAAAAGAUGGCAAAACCAGCUAGCGACACGCACCACCCCAGCGCUAUCGCUUAACCUAAUUACUUCCAAUCAGUGUCGUGUUUUAUGCAAAGCAAUCAGCUGGUGAACUUUGCUAAUGAGUUCGAUUUUAUGCCGGAUUUAGCCCUUAUUACUAUUUCAAAGGUGCUUCGGGCUAACGCGGGAAGGGAGCCUUAAGGGGAUGCCAAAGAGAAAGAAGGCUUUCCCAAGUCACUGUCUUCUGUUACCCCUUCAACAUUGGGCAUUGAUCACUUCUUUGGAUUUGAUUAAAUUAGCGAACGCCCCAUCCGCGACCAUGCGGGUGGCGAGCAAGCCUCGUCGAUGCCCCGCGCAGCCCUGGGGCUGGGGCCGCAGGACGGGCGAGGGGACGGUUCCCCCCUUUCACAGGUAGGUGUCACACUUGUCCUGAAUUUCAAGCCUGCACUUUGCAGAGUCGGAGAUUGGAGAGUGGGUGGAAGGGGGAGGAGGGAGCGCCACAGCCACUUGGGGGAAGCGAGAGGGGCCCCGAAAGGAUCCAGAGAUCGCUCCUCUCCACUGGCCUCAUUUUAGACAAGGGACCCUCCAAAUUUACCUAGAUAACGAGACCAUUACUCGAUCAGAUUUUAUCACUGUCUCCAGCUCAGAUUCAAGAGUACGAGUAGUUAACAAAAGUGUUUUCGAGGUUUUAUUUUCUGGUUUUAAUCCGCA